UGUCGGGAGCAGCAGCAUCUCAGAGUUCUAGUGAAAUUUCACUCGUGAGGUUCUGCCGUGCGUAUUCGGAGCAGACCGUGCACGGAUCACCCUUGCCGAGCUCGGUGCACGCGCGGGACAUAGUGUAGUUUGAUUUAUUCUAUUUAUUUCGGUUGGCUCUCUUCAAACGGUUGUCCGUCCGUAUCGCCUUGUGAAGCUGUUGCACGUUCGUUGAUUAUGUUUUUGCAUUAGAAGUGUUCAGAUAAUAUGACUGCAGGCUGCAGUUUAGGAAUCAAAAAUGAAAAAUAUCUUCCUACUGAACAGUUGACCCAAAGCCCCAUCACAAUGAUUGAGGUCCAAAUAUGACCGCUGGAACGCUGCAGGACUCCGACAGUUAUAAAUAUGUUUACAUAAAAGCCGCUGCAGGUGUGAAUAAACAGUUGUUCGGAUAUCGGUGGGAGUACAGAAAGCUGGCCCGAAUAAACUAAGCAACAACAACACUAAGCAAAGAAUAGGAGACAUUCUGCUGGUGCAUUUUAUGUGAAUUCGUUACCCUUUCGGGUAGACUCCCCGAAAAUACUUGCAUUUGCUGCACAAGAGGUGUCGCCGAAUGAAGCUUAUCUCAUGUACCAAAGAAAAGUGCCAAAAAGUAGUGUGAGCGAGCAAUUUUGCUAGAAAAAAUCGGCCGUAACAGAACCUAUUCUACCGAAACAGCGGUGUAUCGGUAGCAGGCAGCAGCAGUAGCAGCAACCAAAUCAACAUGUCUGGAAUUUUCAAAUACACCCCAAAUCGAACAGCGUCAUCAACGCCGAACCGACGGUCGACGUUCGGUACGGGUUUCGGGAGCCCCAGCUUGCACCAAGAUGCCACUAUGGAUAACUCAUAUUCGAUGAGAUUUCGUUCUCCAUCGAUAAACGCACCAACUGAGCAUGGGUCGCCAGUUCGAUCAUUGCGCGAAAUUGAAGAAGAGCUCUCCUCGCUGCGUAAGGAGAAGUUUAACCUCAAGCUGCGCAUAUUUUUCCUCGAACAGCAAGCUGGUAUCUCUACUGAAAACAGCGAUUUACCAGGAUUGGGUGUGACAGCCUCAUCGUCCGGAACAUCGCGGGACGGCAAUUGCAUAAAACAAAAUAUCGAUCUGAAGGUCGAAGUUGAGUCGUUACGGCGUGAACUGUUCGAUAAGCAGGAACUUCUUUGCCAGGCAGCCAAGGCCAUCGAAGUGCUCGAGGAGGGUCACCGUCGAUCCGAAGAGAAACACCGGGAAAUGGUUAGCGAUCUGAAUAAUCGCAUAGAAAUACACCAGCUUGAGAUUAAAUCCCUCGAAAAGGUAGCAGCAGAGCUUCAGCAGCAGCACCGCGAGCUACAACUAUCCUCAGGAACAAAUAUCCUUAAAGAGGAGGUGGCUGCUGGUGAACUCGGGUCGGUAAAGGCACUAGAAAACGGAGAAAGUUUGCGGGACUUCAUCGAUACGGUUCAACAUCAUAGCGAGCUUAGUGUUCAAGACAAGCUUAAGGCCCUUGAAUUGGAUACCAUUUUACGCCAGUGCCAGGAACAAAACGAAGAGCUGCAACGCCAGGCCGAACAAACGACAGCAAUUGUUAGUCAGAAAACGGACCUUAUAGCUUCACUAGAGGCUCAGCUGAAAGAAGUGCGAUUCGAAAAUGCGGAGUUACGUGAGAAGUUUGAGGAAAAUGGAAAAUCGCAAGCCGAUGCAGAGAUUGAACGACUUAAGAAACAAAUUUUCGCCAUCCGGUCGGAUCUGGCGGAGAAACUUUGCGUACUGGACGAGACCGAAACUAAACUUAAAGACAAAACGACCGAACAUAUGAAAUCGUGCCGAUUAGUAGAAAAGUUGUUCAAAACGAUCACGGAACAGGAUAAGGAGAUCGCUCGAAUGAAGCGAAACUCGAACAUAUCGCUUCCCUCGGAACAGGGUCAGGUUAAUGCUAACGGAAAUGAUAAUCAAUAUAAGGUUGUGGAAAUCGUAGAUCAGGACCGUAAACCCGUAUCUCAGGCGGAGUACGAUACAUUGGUUCAACGUGCCAAGCUACUGCAGCAGAAAAAUGACACACUAAUCCAGAAGCUCUGCAGUAGCGGAUCUGGCGAUCAUCGUAAUGAUCGUAACAUAAUUAUCAAGCAGCUAAACGAUGAGCUGAUUCAGGCACGAGAAGAAGCAGAAAAAGCCCAAAAGUGGCGCAAAGAAUGCACGGAUCUAUGUGCCGUUUCGACAAUCAGGUUGGAAGAGUUAGCCGGUUUUCUAGAUUCUUUGCUAAAGAACAAGGAGUUGGUAUGCAACCUUUCGACUGACCGUCGGAAAGCGAUUCGAAAGGCGGUAGACCGAAGUCUAGAUCUGUCGCGUAGCUUGAAUAUGUCGAUUUCGGUAACUGGAUUCUCAUUGACUGGUAACACGCUCGCCCAGUUGAGCUGUCUCUCUGGUUAUCUAGAAAAUUCGGUAGACUUGGGUGGAAUCGCGGCUCACGAACAACAUAAAUGCGAUGAUAAAAAGGAAAACUGCACGGACCUUAUGAAUUUGAAACCAGAAACCUCAAACGAAACUAGACAUAUGAUCGAAACAUUGCAGGCCGAGAAUAAGGCCUUGCGUGGUGAGCUCUGGGAGCAGCAGCAGCAACUACAGCAGCGUAACAAACGGCGUGAGAGCAAAGAACGUAAACCGAUUGCUGUUGAUCCUAUAUCUGACUCGGAAGCUUGGUCAGAACCGGACCGAGGUGUGUCAUUGGCCCGAAUUGGACUUGAAGAUCGAUCUGGGUUGGGCAAAACGCAGCUCGUGCCUGUUAGCCCUUCGCAACCACAGUCCAGCACCGGUACAGGAUGUGCCAUGAGGGAGCUAAGCUCAACAUCUGAAAAUGAGUCGUCUAUGAAUGCAAUCGCACGCAAGAUCAACUCCAAUGGAUCGUCCGUUUUAGAAGUGAAGCAGCUCCAUGAACAGUUAACAAGCCUGACGGUUGCGCUUCGAGAAAAAGAGUGCACAAUUCAGGACGUGCAAAGUCGUUUAGUAGAUCUCGAUAGUCAGUUGCAACAGGAACGGCUCAAGAUAGCCACCAUGGAGUCUGAUGUGCAUGACAAAAGUCAACUUGCAGAGCGCUGGGAAUGCGAGGCAAAGGAAUCGAGGACCAAGGCGGAGACAGCAAUGGAACGAUUGGCCACUCUUGAAAACGAAAUUCGUCAAAAAGAGGAACAGAUCGAGAAAUUACACCGAGAGCGAGAGCAAGCGUCUGUCGAUUUGAGGGUGGCUGUAAUGAAGCUUGAAACUAUGCGCGGGGAUUACGAAGAUCUUCAGCAACGCCACAAGAACGAACUGGAACAAUUACAAGCUCGUGAACAAAAGCGGCUAGAAGAGCUGCGAACAAGUUUAUCCAAUGCAUUCCGUGAUGAGAUGGAACAGAAGCAGCAAACGUUCAACACCACUCUCGAAUCAAACUACAUUUCAAAGAAUAUUCAUCAGGAGAAGCUUCGCGAACUGGAUGAACUACACUAUCGGUUGGAAGAUGCACAUAACGACAUCUCAUCAAUGGUGCAGGCGGAAGAGCGUGCACGUGAGCAGCUAACGACCUAUGAGCGAACGGUUGCUACAAUGAAAAAGAAUCUCGAUGAUGCUACAUUACAGGCAUCCAAGGCUGCCGUUGAGCGCACGAAAGCACUGGCCGAAAAGCGACAGUUGGAAAGUGAUUUAAAUCAACUCCAACAUGAUCUGCAACAGGUUAAGGACGAGAAGAAUGCACUCAAUGAAAAAUUAGUUACCCUACAAUCGUUGGCUAUCACGGACAGAACUGCCGUUCGCAACCACUCUGGAUCGGGUAAAGCAGGUAUGAGCAUGGUUGCAUCAGCGCUACACGAAGGCCAAUUCUCGGUAACAACUACUGAGGACGAAGAAGCGGUGGGUCGACGCCGUUUUGAAAACUCAUCUCCAGACCUCGGCAUCGAGAGCGAUCCCGGUCGGCUAUCUAAUGUGGAGCUUGUCGGAGCUGCAACUCAUAACUCUGUGCCUUCGCCGAAACAACGCCCUCUGUUGCGAACACUUGAAUUGACGAAAUCGAUGUCUAAUCUGUUGUUGAAUCCAUCGACGGAAGCCAAAACGGAACACGAUUCUUCGUCAAAUAGUGGGACGCAAGAGGCAGAGGUGAAACCUGAAAUCACCACCAUAGUAAAGCACGAUUGUGCCAAGGUCGAAGCAGACUUUGCCGAACUCAAGCGCCGAUACAAAGUGACGCGUCAAUCGCUGAACCAAGCUUACGACAAUAUUAAAUCGGCCAACAAGCGCAAGGAACAAUUGGAAGUGGAAAUUAAACAGCAAAUCCACAAGACUCGCGUUGUACUCAAAACGGUUCACAACAACAUGGAGCAACCCCGAAAUUAAGACAACCAUUACCAAGGUAGAAUCUCUGGAAAAGGUGCUCAAAAUUUUGCAACCCAAGGUGUAUUUUUCUCCGUAAAAAGUUUAAAUGGAUCGUUAACUCAUUAUUAUUAGAAAAACUGUACAUAUAUAUGUGGGUGUAUGUUAUGUCUAUGACGGAUAGAAGGUGCGAUAUGAAUACCUAGCAGGAUAUUACCAGAUCAGCCAGCCAGCCGUUCAUUGAGUACCUCAAAUGCACCAGCACAUAGGGUCUGUACAUUUCAAGAAACUGAAUUAUAUUUCUCACAUUUAGCCCUUGAUAUAUGCUCGUGUUACUAUUACCUGACGUCAAUUGAAGAAAUUAGCUUGUAAAUAGUAUUUUAAAGGAGUGUGAUCUUGAAUCUGAGACAUGAACCAGCGGGAGUCGGUAACAUUAUAAUUUGAUAUUAAAUGGCGGGAAUGGGAGAAUGCGAGUAUUAAUGGUUUCCAAACGGUGGCGUGAAAGAAGAAAAAUGUAAAUCUUAUUUAUUACGAAGUUGAUGUAAAGCGAUUGAUAAUAAUUAACUGUGGACAUGUACUGUAUAACUUGCUGGUGUUUGUGGCCAUGAGUGAGAGUGAUGAGAAUAAAUCUAUUGAGUUUUAUAAUAUACA